GAUAAGCACAGCUGACGUCGGGUGAGUAUAUCGAGACAGCUAUUACAAUGCAGCAGAGGCAGAGAGCUCUGGCGGAAUACUUCAAGGGCACGUGGAACUACACACGGGUUAUCACCAGCACAAAGUCCACGACAGAGGUCUUUGGAAAUGGGUCUGGUAUUGCCUCGUGGCGAGAAAUGAGUAACCUCCCAAGUGGCAUUCAGCAAACCGGCGUUGCAGAAGCUAAG